AGGGCCGUAGUAACCCAUUCAUGGGGCCCGCGCGCGGCUGCAGCCCGGCUCCGCGGCGCUCGCAGCCACCGCCUCCUCUCGGCUCCGGGUCUUCCCCUUCCUUUUACAACUGAUCCUGUUGGGGAUUUUUUUUUUUUUUUUCUAAAUUGGAAAGGUGGGGAGGAGCAGGGAGGGGGGAUCUGGAGGAAGGGGAGAGAUUAGGUAGCCAUCAAUUUCUUCCAGUUUCUCCCAGAACAGGUGAUGCUUCUAAAUUGUGAUCACUUUCAGGAGGCAGCGCUGCAGCUGGAAGGAUGCGAGCGACCUAGGGUGGAGGGGCUGAGGCGGCAGAUCUGAACUUGCGGAGGAUAAGAACCCAAACUUUGGCUACAUCAGUCCGCACCUCGCCAGUGAAGCAAAGGACCGGUUAUCUUUUUUUUUUUUUUUCCCUAAGACUCAAACUUGGGCACUUGAUCCCUUUUCUUGGAUUGCUUUGGAGGAGACGAUUUGCUGGCAACGUUGGAUACAGUCAGGACUGUAUUGUUGUAACUCAUUUUUAAAGCGACAGUUAGAGGAUCAGACUUUUUAAAUGUUUGGAAUUCAAGAUACGUUAGGAAGAGGACCAGCUCUGAAAGAGAAAUCGCUGGGCGCAGAGAUGGAUUCGGUCAGGUCCUGGGUCCGGAAUGUCGGAGUGGUGGACGCUAAUGUCGCCGCACAGAGCGGGGUCGCCCUGUCCCGGGCCCACUUUGAGAAGCAGCCUCCCUCCAACUUGCGGAAAUCCAACUUCUUUCACUUCGUCCUGGCGCUCUAUGACAGGCAGGGGCAGCCGGUGGAGAUUGAGCGCACGGCCUUCGUGGACUUUGUGGAGAAUGACAAAGAACAAGGCAACGAGAAGACCAACAAUGGCACUCACUACAAGUUACAGCUCCUCUACAGCAACGGUGUCCGCACGGAACAGGACCUUUACGUCAGGCUCAUCGACUCGGUCACCAAGCAGCCCAUCGCUUACGAGGGACAGAAUAAGAAUCCGGAAAUGUGCCGAGUUCUCCUGACGCACGAAGUGAUGUGUAGUCGAUGCUGCGAGAAGAAAAGCUGUGGAAACCGAAAUGAGACUCCGUCGGACCCGGUCAUAAUUGACAGAUUCUUUUUAAAAUUUUUCCUCAAGUGCAAUCAGAAUUGUUUGAAAACAGCAGGAAACCCAAGGGACAUGAGACGGUUUCAGGUUGUGUUGUCAACAACAGUGAACGUGGAUGGACACGUCCUGGCUGUUUCUGACAAUAUGUUUGUUCAUAACAACUCCAAGCACGGACGGAGAGCAAGAAGACUCGACCCAUCAGAAGCUACCCCCUGCAUCAAAGCCAUUAGCCCGAGUGAAGGCUGGACCACAGGAGGAGCCAUGGUCAUCAUCAUUGGGGACAACUUCUUUGAUGGUCUCCAGGUGGUGUUUGGGACCAUGCUUGUAUGGAGCGAGCUAAUAACCCCUCAUGCCAUCAGAGUACAGACUCCUCCCCGGCACAUCCCUGGCGUGGUGGAGGUGACAUUAUCUUAUAAAUCCAAACAGUUCUGCAAGGGAGCCCCAGGAAGGUUCAUUUACACAGCAUUAAAUGAACCCACUAUAGACUAUGGCUUCCAAAGACUGCAGAAGGUCAUCCCCAGGCAUCCUGGAGAUCCUGAGAGAUUAGCCAAGGAAAUGCUGUUGAAAAGAGCUGCCGAUCUAGUGGAAGCCCUUUAUGGCACACCACACAAUAACCAGGACAUCAUUUUGAAGCGAGCCGCAGACAUUGCUGAAGCCCUCUACAGCGUCCCCAGGAAUCCCAGCCAGCUUCCAGCCCUCUCCAGCUCUCCAGCACACAGUGGCAUGAUGGGAAUCAACUCCUAUGGCAGCCAGCUUGGGGUCAGCAUCUCAGAGUCAACACAAGGAAAUAAUCAAGGAUACAUCCGCAACACAAGCAGCAUCUCUCCGCGGGGAUACUCUUCCAGCUCCACGCCUCAACAGUCUAACUACAGUACCUCCAGCAACAGUAUGAAUGGUUACAGCAACGUCCCCAUGGCCAACCUGGGUGUUCCAGGAUCACCAGGAUUUCUAAACGGCUCACCCACCGGCUCUCCUUAUGGAAUCAUGUCAUCAAGUCCCACCGUUGGAUCUUCCAGUACAUCCUCCAUCCUUCCAUUUUCCUCUUCAGUUUUUCCUGCUGUCAAACAGAAGAGUGCCUUUGCCCCUGUCAUCAGGCCCCAAGGCUCCCCUUCACCUGCCUGCUCCAGUGGCAAUGGAAAUGGAUUCAGAGCCAUGACUGGACUUGUUGUACCCCCAAUGUAAAGAAGAACUGCUUUCUUAUAGCACAAAACUACUUACUCUGAUGGACCAGUAAUGAAGAAAGCACUAUGAGCUCUUUGACGGGGGGAGCAGUGCCCCCACACGAACAUGAUGGACACACUUGGGUCUGCAAGGAGCCGGCAUCUUGGUCCCACGUCCUCCUAAAGCUCUGACGGUGGCUACACAAACUGACCCUCUUGGGGACAAGAACAAAAGAUGUCAUUGACGUAGUCAGUGCUAAAAGCAGAAAUGCAAUUCUUUGUUAUGAACAUUAUGAAAACCACCUUCCUAUGUUUGUAAAAUAUUUAAGAAAAAAAUUGGCAAACAAUUAAUGCUUAAUAUUUUGGAUACUAUUUGUUUUUCUUUGUAGGAAAAAAAAAAGUUGAAAGUUUCUAUUUUCUAUGAAGCCUUUCAGAUACCAAUUUAGUUUAUGCAGAAAAAAAAUUGAACAAAACAGGGUACCAGCAUGGGAGACUUUCUUAAAACAAAACCUGAAUCGAAUGAUGAAAUGUUGUAUGUGUGUUUGCUUAUAGCUUAAUCUCUUUAAACAGAAAAUGAACAAAAAAAGGGAAAAAUUUUAAAAUGUUUUACAAUUAUUUAAAUAAACGUGUAACUUAUUGUAAGUAGAGGUAGAAAUUAAGAUCUUUUUUUUUUUUUUGGAAGAGAAAGGAAUUUCUCUUCCUGAUGUAAAAUGCAAAUGAUGCAAACAUGUA